UAUGCAAGCAUGGUUACGUAUAUCCUUAUUGUUAUGCACGUUUGGCUUUUUUCGCGAAAUGCGUCCAUCCGAACCAUUUGUGGUGGAAUAUUUAACCGGUCCGGAUCGUAAUAUAACAAGUGAAGAUUUAAAUCGUGAAAUAUAUCCAUUCGGUACAUAUUCCGUACUCAUUCAACUGGUCAUUGUGUUUCUAAUUACGGAUAUUUUACGAUAUAAGGCAAUAAUAAUUGUUUCCGCGCUUUCGGGUAUUGUUCUCUUCGGCAUAUUAUUAUGGACACAGACUGUGUGGGAAUUAUUGAUAGGUCAGGUAUUUUUUGGUACCUUUAUGGCCAGUGAAGUAGCCUAUUAUACGUAUAUAUAUGCUAAAGUGGAAAAAUCACGUUAUCAAAUUGUCUCCGGUCACACGCGUUCCGCAAUAUUGUGUGGCAAGUUUUUGGGUGGUGUUUUAGCUCAGGUGCUGGUAUCAACGGAUUCUUUAGAUUAUCGUGGAUUACAUUACAUAUCAUUUGCUUCGCAAAUCGUAUCGUUAUUUGUUGCUGUAGCCCUGCCGAGUGUUAGUCAAAGUAUAUAUUUUUAUAAAACUACAAAAGGUGAUGAUGGCGGAGCUGUUGUCGAUAGUAAUAAAGAUAAAUGUGAAAAUAAUAUUGAUGGAAUAGCAGCAACACCACAACCUCACCCAGCUGAAUUGGAGAAUGGUACUCUAUCCCCGAAAUUUUCGUGGAAAAAUGCAAGCCGACUCUUGUGGCAGCAUACCGUUAGCGCAUACACAAAUCCCACCGUAUUAAAAUGGAGUAUAUGGUGGUCGCUGGCAACAUGUGGCCAAUUGCAAGUUAUUUCCUAUGCACAAAUUCUAUGGAAAGAAAUCGAUGAAAAUCAUCAAAGUUAUUAUAAUGGUGCUGUCGAGGCGACAGUUACCCUACUGGGUGCUGUCGGUGCAAUGACCGCGGGCAUGUUAAAUGGCGUUUAUCGUUCACAAUGGAUCUUAACAAUAUGCUCGAUUUUAAUGGGUGCAUUUAUGAUCAUAUCCGCCGUCACAAAUAUCCUUUGGGUAGCAUAUGCUAUGUAUGUUAUGUUCGGCAUAUUGUAUUUCUUUGUCAUAACCAUUGCCAGUGCUAUUGUGGCACGUAAUUUAAGUGAUGAUAGUUUUGGUUUAAUAUUCGGCAUAAAUACCCUUAUAGCUUUGAUAUUACAAACCAUCUUAACUCUGGUUGUAGUUACAGAGGCUGGAUAUAGUUUAGCGCCGCGGGACCAAUACAUUGUGUAUGGGUCAUAUUUUGUAGUAUUAGCUGUUAUUUUUAUAGUCGUCGUUAUUGUAGAACAAUUUAUUAAAUGUACAACAACAAAGAAAGAGAAAGAUUUGGAUGUGGAAUCGAUACAAUAG